CACAGAGCAGAUCACACGUGUCAUGUAGCGAUGAAACAGUCGCCAUCACACUCUGACUCAGAGUCUGAGCAGGAGACCCGACUGCCAAAGUCCAGCAGCUGAUGAUCCAGAGUGACUCCGGCUGGUUCAGGGUCAGUUUGUGGAACGUUACAUGUUCACUGUGAAGCUUCAACAGAAGGAGGAGAGGAGAUAAAGAAGAAGAACAAAGCCGUCAGAACGAUGAGAGAACUCGUUCAUGUUCUGUCCAGAGAAAAUCACUUUAAUUUGAAGUGAGACGACAAACACUCGGAUUCUUCAAAUCUGACAGGAUUCUGGAUUUAAUCUUUGUUCAUGACGACCGGAGAGACUGAGGAGACAUGUGGAGGACAGCAGGAGGAAGGAACAAGAGAAGAAGGAGGGAACAUGAAGGUGUCUCGCUCUUUCACUACUCUGAGCACCAUCGCCAUCCAGGCCGGCCAAUCACUGCUGGUCAUCUCUGUCCUCAAGAGUGGGUUUCUGGUCCACCUCCAGCUGGUCCAGGUCCAUCCUGGUCUCUGUGAGAUCGGAUCAAACCAUGAAGAGAAUCAGACCCUGAUCCAGGAACAGCAGCACCUGAUGGAGAAACUCAAGAAACACGAGGUGGAAGUUCUUUCUGUGGUGGAGAGGAACCAACAGAAUGAGCAGAGGAAGAGGACGAGGAUGAAGAGUGAAGAGACAAUGAACACGAACAAGGACAAGGAGGAAGUGCAUGAGGCCAUGGAGGCGUCUCUGAACGAGGGAUGGUCUCUGCUCCUUUGUCUGCUACAGAGACGACAGGAAGUCCUGACGCUGGCUGCAGAGUUUUACCGCCGAGCUCUGGAGUUUGCCGUCAGUGUGGACAGAUUUGAGGAUCUACAGAUCAGAUCGGACAACGUCACACUGACUGAGGUGCAGCUCAGAUAUGACUCCAUGAGGAAAGAUCUUCUGGGAAAAUCUCUGCAGGUUUUAAGCAGCAGCAGCGUCCUGCUGCAGAAACUGAGACAGCUGCAGAGGACCGAGGCCCUCCAGAGGAGAGGAGGAGUACUGCAGGACCAGGAGGAUGAGGAGGAGGAGGAGGAGAGCUCCCGGUGCAGCAGAGGGGUGGUGCUGAGGGUGGAGGAGCUGGUGGAGACGCUGCAGGAUCGGAGGAGGAGGGCUGACCAGGCCUUCAGGCUGCAGCUCCAACAGGUGGAGAACAACAUCAAGAAGGAAGAAGAGACCACAGAGGCUGAGUCUGAAGACUGGAGUCUCACAAUUCAUGAGAUCCUGGACCAGGACCUGCAGAGCACAGACCUGAGGUCAGAUUCAACAACAGCAACAGGAACCACAGACCUGCAACCAGGAUCCAGGUCAGACCUCAGGUCAGAAUCGAAAUCAGAUUACACUGGAGACCUUAACCCCGCAGCCAGUUCAGACCAGACACCAGGAUUGAACUCAUAUCUGAAGCCAGAAUCCAGAUCAGAGGACACCAAAGACCUGCAACCCAGAUCAGAGUUGAAGCCUGGAUCUAAAUCAGACCUGUUUAAAAACCUGCAGUCUGGAUUCACAUUAAACCUGAUGGCUCGUUCUAGAUCUGACCCCAAGUCAGAUUCUAAAUCAGAGGAGAGCCGAAACCUGCAGCCUGGAUCUAGUUCAGACCAGACGCCAGGACUGAGAUCAUAUCUGAAGCCAGAAUCCAGAUCAGAGAAGACCCAAGACCUGCAGCCUAGAACUGGAUCAGCCUCACAAUCUGGAUCCAGAUCAGAGGAGUCAGGAUUAAAGUCCAACCUGCAGCCAGGAUCCAGGUCAGACCUCAAGUCAGAAACUAAAUCAGGUGAGACUGAAGUCCUUCAGCUCAAAUCAAAGUCUGGAUCUAAACCAGACCUGAUCAAAAACCUGCAGUCUGGAUUCACAUUAAACCUGAUGGCUAAUUCUAGAUCUGACCUCAAGUCAGAUUCUAAACCAGAGGAGACCAAAGACCUGCAGCUCGGAUCUAGUUCAGACCAGACGCCAGGACUGAGAUCAAAUCUGAAGCCUGAAUCCAAAUCAGAGCUGCGGCUUAAAUCCAGAUCAGAAGAGACCAAAGACCUACAGCCUGGAUCUGGAUCAGCUUCACAGUCUGGAUCCAGAUCAGAAGAGUCAGGAUUAAAGUCCAACCUGCAGCCAGGAUCCAGGUCAGACCUCGAGUCAGAUUCUAAACCAGAUGAGACCAGAGACCUUCAGCUUGGAUCAGAGAUGAAGCCUGGAUCUAAACCAGACCUGAUCAAAAACCUGCAGUCUGGAUUCACAUUAAACCUGAUGGCUCGUGCCAGAACUGACCUCAAGUCAGAUUCUAAACCAGAGGAGAGCGAAGACCUGCAGCCUGGAUCUAGUUCAGACCAGACGCCAGGAUUGAGGUCACAUCUGAAGCCAGAAUCCAGAUCAGAGCUGCACCCUGAAUCUAGAUCAGAGAAGACCAAAGACCUGCAGCCAAGACCUAGAUCAGCCUCAGAGUCAGGAUCCAGUGAACAGGUGGCAGGGCUGCAGAGCAUGCUGGGAAAAGAGACUCCAAAUGCAGAAAGCCACGCCCACCAAACCCUCCUGACCAAUCAGAGGCUCCAGCUGCUGUCAUCAUGUGAAUGCCUCAUCGACAAGGUGUGUACCUGGGUGCAGCAGGGCAGCAGUGUGUUGUCUAACAGCUGUGAAGCCGGACAGAAGCUCUCUGGAGCCGAAGACACUCUGAACACACACCUACAGCUGCAGACACAAGCUGAGUCCACAGGCCUCGACGUAGAGAACAUGAAGCAGAUCCUGGAUCAGAUCAGAGCUCAGCACGCCAGUAGAACCAGUCCGCAGCCUCCCCCUGAUCCCAGUAGACAGCUGUCCCCUCUGAGGGCUCUGACAGAGCAGCUGAAGAGACGCUGUGCAGGAGGACAGACCAGAACCAGCUCUGCUCCUCCUGCUGCAGACCUGACGACCUCACUGAGUCCUGAACUCACUGGUCGAGUGGAUCAGGUCCUGAAGGAGCUGCAGAGUCUGAAGAUGAAGAUCGAUUCAAACCUGCAACUGCUGCAACCCUAUGUCUCUUUCCUCAGGACAGCCCAGCAGGUGGAGGAGGAGCUGGGAGACCUGGGGGAGCUCUACAGAAGGAGACCAGAGGAGGAGGAGGAGGAGGAAGAUGGUGGCUCCAGGUCAUCAGUGAAGAAGAAGAAGAAGAAGAAGCAGGUUGACAGCUGCUGGCAGGAAAUGCAACAGAGGCUUCUCACCUGUCAGGACCUGGGAAACAACUUCCUCCAUACUGUUACCAUGGUGUGUGGAUCAACGUUGAACCUGCAGUCUGUGGUGUUGGCGGUGCAGCAGACGCUGGAGCGACUCAGCAGAACCAAACAGGAAGUGAACGAGCUGCGGAGUCAGCGGGAAAUGCAGAUCCAAGAGCAGCAGGAGAACUACAGGAAGUACUCAGAGAGACUACACAAGACUGUGCAGGACUUGACGAGUGUCUCUGAGAUGUUGGACUCGUGCACUCUGAUGGAUCUGGGUUCAGACCUGCAGACCUCCAGACUGCUGCAGCGCUUUGCUCAGGCCAAACCACAUUUUACUCAGCUGGACGCUGAGGUGGAGUUCUUGGUGAAGAACUGGGAGACUGUGAGAGGAGUCCAGGACAGGCUGGAGAUGGAGGAGCUGAAGGGAGGAGCAGUGAAGGAGGAGGAACUGUCAGAGCUGCUGGAGCUUCAGGAGAGAGUGAAGAAUAAGAUCAGCCAGAGCGAGUCAAUCCUGAUGCUCAGCGAACGCUUCCACCUCACAGCCAGACAGCUGGAGGCGCUGCUCCAGUCAGAGCCUUUAACUGGUUCUACUGGAUCCAGUGAGGCCGAGCAGAGUCAGCAGAUCCAGAGUCUGUUUAAAACGGCGUCAACACUGAAGACAGACAUCUGCUCCGCCCUCAAACACUCUGGUUGGACAGGUUUCAGAGUGGAGCAGCUGGAGACUCGUCUUCACUCUCUGGACUCACUUCGUGUCUCGUGGCUGAACGAAGCAGCUCAACGGGAAGAGAAGCUCCGCAGACAGCUGCUGACCUGCGUCCUCAACGAUGACAUCGCCCAGCUUCGUGACUCCUUUAAGGAGCUGAAGAAGCGUUUCAGCAACCUGAGGUUUAACUACCUGAAGAGAAACGACAGGAUGAGGAACAUGAAGGCUGUCAGGAACCAGCUGCAGCAGGUGGAGCUGUACGAGGAGAAGCUGCAGGCGCUCAGGAAACGUCUGCAGGGAGUGACAGCCCGGCUGGGGUCAGAGGUCAAGGAUGGGGGUGUGGCCAGGGAGGCGGAGGACACCAUCAACGAACUGCAGAGACAGAUGGGAGAGUUUGAGCGAAGUGUCAGCGAACACCAAAAAACACUGGAGAUGACCUGCAGGCUGCAACAGGCCAUGGAGGAGUAUCAGUUCUGGUGUGAGGACGCCAGUGCGACCAUCGCUCGCGUCGGGAAGUUUUCCUCAGAGUGUCGCAGCACAGAAGCUGUCUCUGUUCUCUACCGACAGUUUGAGAAGUUCGUGUGGCCGACGGUUCCUCAGCAGGAGGAGAGGAUCAGUCAGAUCACUGAGCUGGCUGUCAGGCUGCACGGGGUGGAGGAAGGGCGGAGGUACAUAGAGAAGACGGUCGGUAAACACUCAGAGAUGGUGGAGUCCAUCAGAGAGCUGAGUGACGGACUGAUGAAACUGGAGGCCAAACUGAAGCUGGAGAGUCUCAAACAGCAGCAGGAUGACGAGGAGAAAGAGAUAAAGGAAGAGAAAGAUGAAGACGAAGAUGAAGACGAAGACGAAGAUGAAGAGGAAGAUGAAGAGGAAGAUGAAGAGAAAGAUGAGGAAAAAGAGAAGUUAAAUGAAAAAGGGAAGACAAAGCAGAAGGAGCAGACAGAUAACCGCAGCACACAGGAGGCACCUGACAUGUAUGAGCUGAAGGAAACAGGUCACACCCCUGAACUGACCACCGAGCAUGAUGGGAAGGAGGUUCACGUGAAGAGGGAGACCACAGCCAGUAGGAAGCCUCCAUCACAGAAGAUCCGCAGUCAGGAGGCUGCUGAAAACAGACAAUACUCUGCCUCUUCCUACUGCUCCACCCAUACCUUCAGCCUCUCCUGCUCCCCAGCAGAGGCCAACCGACGGGUCCACGCCAUACACAGCCAAUCACAGCCUGCCACCACUGAGGCCACGCCCCCUCCAUGUGUGAUUGGCCCAUCAUUCUCAGACAUCCAGAGGGAAUUUCAGAGGAAGGAGGCGCAGCAUGCUUCAAACAUGACACCGCUUCAGGAUGCAUCAGCAGGAGGCCUAUUGGAGGCAGAGCUUCAGCAACAGGAAGCCAUGACUGAGGAUUCUCUUUCUAAUGACGAAUACGAUUGUGUGUCACCUGAUGACAUUUCCCUGCCGCCACUGGCAGAGACGCCAGAGUCCUUCAUGGUUCAGUCAGACAUUGAGGAAGGCUUCUGUUUCAGCUCCCACAGCGUCCACAUCAACCAGUACAGCCACCAGCCAGAGCACACUGGCACUGGUGCAGUCCGACAACGGAGAGAGUCCAGCCAGAGUUGUCCAACUCCUCCGACCAGCCGUCACAGCAGUACCAGGUUCAGAUCAGAGUCCAGUUCAUUUGCCCAGAGUCCACUGACAGUACCUCCUCCUAACAUGAUCACCAGCACUCUGUGCAGCAUUUUGAAGACUGGAAAGACCAUCGACCCCAAACCAAGCUUCCCCUCUGGAUCUAACCCAGCCCACAAGAGCAACACUCCUCAGAGUUGUUCUAACAAAGACAGAGAUGUCCCUGAGAAGAAGAGCCCUCCACAAACUGAUUCCUUAUUAAAGGAGCACAACAUCCAGGACAACCAGCCUCAGAGGAGUGCAGUUACUCAGGGUAAGAUCACCCAAAACGUUGAUGAGACCAUUCCACAGGCUGGUCCCAUUCACCAGCUUGCAAAGAUCAAUCAUAGCACCACCCUGCCCCAGUCCACCUUUUGUCCUCAGCACUCUAAUGGUUCAGACCCUGAUCUCCACAAGGACAAGAAACCUUCACAAGACACUAGGUCCCUCAAAUCUGGCACUUCCAUUUGUCAGGAGAGUGACCUAAAUCAGGACAUGAAUUCCUUCCAAACUAGGAAGGAAACAUCCCCAGCUUGCAAACCCCAAAGUGUCAGUCCCACCAACACCAGCACCAGUACAGUUACCCAGCAGCCCAUUUACUUCCAGUCCUCCCAUUCAGACAGUCAUCACAACUUUCCAAACACUGAUCCAGUCCCUAAUGCUAAAGAAUUUGCUCAGAGCCUCACAGACACUGUUUUUUGCAAAGACAAGAGUCAGGAGACUGGGCUCCUCAAAUCCCAUGCAACUUCCAUCCAACCCACCACAUCCCUCUCUCAAGACACCAAUCUUUCACAGUCUUACCCAGAAUCUAGGAGUGGCCUUGAUCAGGAUGGACCUUCCUCCCAAACCAGCAAAGAAACAUCCUCAAUUUUUCCCCAAAACAGCAGCCUCAUCACAGCCACUUCUGUCACUAAACAAACUAUUUCCUGCCAACCCUCCCCUCUAGAUAGUCAUUGCACAUUGCCAAAGGGAAGCAGCAGCCCCUUAUCCCAGUGUAAGAUCUUGCCACAGAUUGAUCAAGUCCCCCAAGUCAAAGGGUUUGCUCAGAGCCUCACAGACUCUUUUCUCUACAAAGACAAGACUUGGGACACCGGACUCCUCAAAUCCUCUGCAACUUGCGUCCAAACCACCACAAGCCUCCCUCAAGAUCUUUUACCGUCUUACCCAGAUUCCAAGAGUGGCCUUGAUCAGGAUGGACCUUCCUCACAAACCAGCAAAGAAACAUCCUCAGUCUUCAUGCCCCAAAGCAGCAGCCUUGCCACAGCUACUACAGUCACCCAACAAAGCGUUUAUUCUCAGUCCUUCCCUCCAGACAGUCAUUGCACCUGGCCACAGGCUAGCAGCAAUCUCAGGUCCCAGCAUUUAAGCCCCUUCUCCCAGGAUAGUGGGGGUCUACCUGAGGUCCAUGCUCCCAUUCCCCCAGAGCCAAACAGUGUCAGCAAUAUCAACAAAUCCAGCAGCACCAUCACCAACAGUGAUAUAUUCAGGAGCAAGCAGAGCCACCAGACAGCCUACUCCUUCCAAGAGUCCUUGACCUCCACCUGUACCCAGCAGUGUGUGCAUGACUCUGGCAUGACUCCCAGCAGCACCGCCAUGCCUGCUGCUCCUCCUCAGCCCAAACCACAGACCCAAGCUUUGGCUCAGCAGGCUAAUCUGCAUGUCACACCCCUUUCCUCUCCAUCCCAUCUACUAACUCCAGAGCAAGAUCCAAACAUUUGUCAGCCCGUGGCCAUCCGUGAGGAAAUCAGACUUACUCCUCAGAUCCAAUGGCCUCCCCUUCCUGCUCCUCCUCCUCCUCCUCUUCCCCAGGGACAGGCAGAGUCUCUUCCCCAGGGAAAAGCCUCUAAACCUGGACCUCCCUGCUUCACCAGGCCCCUGUCUAGAGCUACCGUCAUGGAGGGCUCUCCAGUGACGCUAGAGGUGGAGGUGACGACACAUCCAGAGCCCACGCUCACCUGGUGUAAAGACGAAGAGGUGUCAGCCACGGGCCCAGGCCGAGCACUGCUCUCCUGCGAGGACGAGAAACACUUCCUGUUUAACCCCGAGGUGUUGGACUCCUAUGGUGGGCUGUACGAGGCCCGGGCUGCUGAACGUAAAGACAGCAGUGAUAAAUGGCUAGUGGCUGAAGUGUUUGACAUCAUCAGUGAGGACUGGCAGAGCUGGUUCGGUACGCUGUGUGUUCUGCUCUGGCUGCUCUACCUGGUUCUACUCUGAUGAUUCUUUUCU